AUUUCUGUUCACCAGUUUAGUUGAUACGAAAAAGCCAGGAGGGUUGGAAUUUUAAAUUUUAAAAGGAAAUCACACCAAACUAAUAAAAUGGCUGAUGAAGAUGUUGCUGCUUUGGUUGUAGACAAUGGAUCCGGUAUGUGCAAGGCUGGAUUUGCCGGCGACGACGCCCCUAGAGCCGUAUUUCCAUCUAUUGUUGGCCGACCCAGACAUCAGGGUGUGAUGGUUGGUAUGGGACAGAAGGACAGCUAUGUCGGUGACGAGGCCCAGAGCAAGAGAGGUAUCCUAACGUUGAAAUACCCAAUCGAACACGGUAUUGUCACUAACUGGGAUGAUAUGGAGAAAAUCUGGCAUCACACGUUCUACAAUGAACUCCGUGUUGCCCCAGAGGAACAUCCCGUACUUCUCACAGAGGCCCCGCUCAACCCCAAGGCCAACAGAGAAAAGAUGACCCAAAUCAUGUUUGAAACCUUCAACAGCCCAGCCAUGUACGUCGCCAUUCAGGCUGUACUGUCACUGUACGCUUCCGGUCGGACCACAGGUAUUGUGAUGGACUCUGGUGACGGUGUUUCACACACAGUACCGAUCUAUGAAGGUUACGCCCUUCCUCAUGCUAUUUUGAGAUUGGAUCUCGCCGGUAGAGAUCUCACUGACUAUCUUAUGAAGAUCCUUACAGAGCGUGGUUAUUCUUUCACCACUACUGCUGAAAGAGAAAUUGUAAGAGACAUUAAAGAAAAAUUAUGCUAUGUUGCUCUAGACUUUGAACAAGAAAUGCAGACCGCUGCCUCGUCAAGCUCACUGGAGAAAAGCUAUGAACUUCCUGACGGUCAGGUCAUCACCAUUGGUAACGAGCGUUUCCGUUGCCCAGAAGCCAUGUUCCAACCAUCUUUCCUUGGUAUGGAAUCCGCAGGUCUCCAUGAAACAACAUACAACAGUAUCAUGAAGUGUGACGUCGACACGGCCAUGUACGUCGCCAUUCAGGCUGUACUGUCACUGUAUGCUUCCGGUCGAACCACAGGUAUUGUGAUGGACUCUGGUGACGGUGUUUCGCACACAGUACCGAUCUAUGAAGGUUACGCCCUUCCUCAUGCUAUUAUGAGAUUGGAUCUCGCCGGUAGAGAUCUCACCGACUAUCUUAUGAAGAUCCUUACAGAGCGUGGCUAUUCUUUCACCACCACUGCUGAAAGAGAAAUUGUAAGAGAUAUUAAAGAAAAAUUGUGCUAUGUUGCCCUAGACUUUGAACAAGAAAUGGCGACUGCUGCUUCAUCCAGCUCACUAGAGAAAAGCUAUGAACUUCCUGACGGUCAGGUCAUCACCAUUGGCAACGAGCGUUUCCGUUGUCCAGAGGCCAUGUUCCAGCCAUCUUUCCUUGGUAUGGAAUCCGCAGGUAUUCAUGAAACAACGUACAACAGUAUCAUGAAGUGUGACGUCGACAUUCGUAAAGAUUUGUACGCGAACACCGUGUUGUCCGGCGGUUCCACAAUGUUCCCCGGUAUUGCUGAUCGUAUGCAGAGGGAAAUCACAGCCCUUGCUCCCUCAACAAUGAAAAUCAAGAUCAUUGCUCCACCAGAGAGAAAAUACUCUGUAUGGAUCGGUGGCUCUAUUCUGGCUUCAUUGUCCACCUUUCAACAGAUGUGGAUCAGUAAACAAGAAUAUGAUGAAUCUGGACCCUCAAUCGUACAUAGAAAGUGUUUCUAGAUCAACAAUGAUUUGAACUGUCCAAAUUAAUCUCUAGUGCAAUAUCUUUUUCAAGUUGUUACACAUAUUUUGAUACGCAUACAUUACUGUUUGAUAAAUGAAUGAGACCAAAAUUGCUUUAUGUUAAAAGUUGACAACAUUAUAUAACUCCUAACGAAACGACCAUAUACCCGUGAAGUUUAAGCUGUAAAGCUAUGCAUGAAAACGUACUUAUAUGUUAUCAAUAAUUCUCGCUUAGUUUUAUAUGUGCCGGAUAAAUAAGUAAUCUCAAUUUCUAGUACUUUUUCCUAAUAUUUAUAAAUAAAUGAUGAAUUUCCUGGAA